UCAAGGAAGAAAAUCAAUAGAUGGUGAAAAUUACUGUAGCUGUUCACCCAUGAAUAGCCUCAAGGUUACCUGGAUGUUAGGGGUACAGCAAGAACAGAACUGUGGGGAAGCCAGGGAAAUUUCCAUGGAAGAGCUUUGAUAUUGUAAACCACAGACGAGUCGGAGCCUGGCAUUGAAAGGAGGCGUUCGGCAACAAUCCUUUCCUUGUUUAAAGAAGUUUGCUUCUACAAGAGGGAAUCAGAAAAAUGAAAGGGGCAAAGAGAAAAAAGAAAAGUGUGCUUUGGAGCAAGAUGCUUACCCCCCAUUGUGAAGACUUUAAACAGUGGUGUAGAAGGCGACUACCUAUUUUGGAAUGGGCAACUCAUUACAAUCUGAAAGAAAACUUGCUUCCAGACACUGUGUCUGGGAUAAUGUUGGCAGUUCAACAGGUGACACAAGGGUUGGCCUUUGCUGUUCUCUCAUCUGUGCACCCAGUGUUUGGUUUGUAUGGGUCUCUAUUUCCUGCCAUCAUUUAUGCCAUAUUUGGAAUGGGGCGUCAUGUUGCCACAGGCACCUUUGCUUUGACAUCCUUAAUAUCUGCUAAUGCAGUAGAACGGCUUGUCCCUUUGAGCAGCCGGAAUCUUACCACACAGAGCAACACAAGUGUGCUGGGCUUAUCUGACUUUGAGAUGCAAAGAAUUGGUAUUGCUGCAGCUGUUUCCUUCUUGGGAGGUGUGAUUCAGGUGGCCAUGUUUGUGCUACAACUGGGCAGUGCCACGUUCCUGCUUACUGAGCCUGUGAUCAGUGCAAUGACAACUGGGGCUGCCACCCACGUUGUGACUUCACAAGUCAAAUAUCUCUUGGGAAUAAAAAUGCCGUAUAUAUCUGGACCACUUGGAUUCUUUUACAUUUAUGCAUAUGUCUUUGAAAACAUCAAAUCUGUGAGACUGGAAGCACUGCUCUUAUCCUUGCUGAGCAUCGUGGUGCUCGUUCUGGUUAAAGAGCUGAAUGAACAGUUUAAAAGAAAAAUUAAAAUUGUCCUUCCUGUUGACUUAGUUUUGAUUAUCACUGCAUCAUUUACUUGUUAUUGUACCAAUAUGGAAAACAUAUAUGGAUUAGAAGUAGUUGGUCAUAUUCCAAAAGGAAUUCCUCCACCUAAAGCUCCUCCAAUGAAUGUCCUCUCUGCAGUAAUCACUGAAGCUUUUGGAGUGGCACUUGUAGGUUAUGUGGCCUCACUGGCACUUGCCCAAGGAUCUGCCAAAAAAUUCAAAUAUUCAAUUGAUGACAAUCAGGAGUUUUUGGCUCAUGGUCUCAGCAAUGUGAUUCCUUCAUUUUUCUUCUGCAUACCGAGUGCUGCUGCCAUGGGAAGGACUGCUGGCCUGUAUAGCACGGGAGCAAAGACACAGGUGGCUUGUCUAAUAUCUUGCAUUUUCGUCCUGAUAGUCAUCUAUGUAAUAGGACCUUUGCUUUACUGGCUCCCCAUGUGUGUUCUUGCAAGUAUUAUUGUCGUGGGACUUAAGGGAAUGCUAAUACAGUUUCGGGAUUUAAAGAAAUAUUGGAAUGUGGAUAAAAUUGAUUGGGGCAUAUGGGUCAGUACAUAUAUAUUUACAAUAUGUUUUGCUGCCAAUGUGGGGCUACUGUUUGGUGUUGUGUGUACUAUAGCUAUUGUGAUUGGUCGCUUCCCAAGAGAAAAGACUCUGAGUAUUAAAAAUAUGAAAGAAACCGAAUUUAAAGUGAAGACAGAAAUGGAUGACGAAACCCUGCAGCAGGUGAAAAUUAUCUCAAUAAACAACCCACUUGUUUUCCUGAAUGCAAAGAAGUUUUAUACUGAUCUAAUGAACAUAAUCGAAAAAGAAAAUGCCAGCAAUCAGCCACUUGAUGAAAUCAGCAAGUGUGAACAAAACACAUUGCUCAAUUCUUUAUCCAAUGGCAAUUGCAAUGAAGAAACUACACAGCCCUGCCUGAAUGAGAAGUGUUCUUUAAUCCUGGAUUGCACUGGAUUGACCUUUUCUGACUAUUCUGGAGUUUCCAUGCUUGUUGAGGUUUAUAUGGACUGUAAGAGCAAGAGUGUGGAUGUAUUAUUAGUCCAUUGCACAGCUUCCUUGAUUAAAGCAAUGAAAUACUGUGGAAACCUAGAUUCAGAGAAACCAAUAUUUUUUGAAUCAAUAUCUGCUGCAGUAAGUAACAUUUGCUCAAAUAAGAAUUUGAGCAAAUUCAGUGACCACAGUGAAAUCUGAGACUCUUUUGCUGCAGUACAGCUAUUUUCUUUAGCAACUGCCCAGAAGAGGCCACACCCAAGCAUUUUGCAUAACAACCUUUUUUGUUGUUUAAAUUCUACAAAUGACCUCUAUGACAAGUGUGAUGCAAUUUAGUAAACACAUAAUCACUGGUCAAGGUUUGCCAACAAUUUUAUCUAAUCUUCGUUAGUGAGCACAUUCACUUUAUAGGUUAUUACAUUGUUAUUUUAUAAAAAUCAGUAUCAUUUAGUUUUAGUGUACUGUAAGUUAAACAUGAAUUUAUUUCCUUUUUAAUACCACUUUAUCUUCUGUUGUUUUGAUUCAGUUUUUUUGUAAGUUAAUUUGUAAAACUGAGAAAUACUUUAUCAUGUAAUAAGAUAUUUAGAACAUUUGCAAGCCACUUGUAAAAAUCCAGAAUCAUCUGUAACUAAUAUAUAAAAACAACUUAGCAAGUGUGCCAGUCCUCUACCAAGAAAGCCAUUAAACAUCAAUAAGAUUAAAUGUUAUUUCAUGCAAUAAGGUAAGGAAUUUACAGAAAAUAAGUCAAAAACAAAUGAUAAACUAGAAACCAUUGUUCUCCAUACCUUUCCAUGUAUGGAAGUCUUCAGGAAUGUUUUUAAGGUAUCCCCAGAGAAACCAAGAUUUUGACAUUAGUCUGCUUUGGUGUGAAUACUAAAAAUGCUUAGGAUCUUCAGAUCUUGUAACCCUAAUUUCCACAUCACCAUCCUAUAGAAAUCUCUGUUUUCAGCUUAAGUUUUGUUGGAACCAGAGAAUGUGGAAGUUGCACAUUUUAUAAUUUUUCAGAAAUAUGAUAUUUACAUGAAAAAAUAUCACCAGCGGAAGAGCUUUGUGAUAUUCAAAUAUAGGAUUAGCUAUAGUAGUUUGAUACUUUCCUAUUUCAGACAGAUAGUUAAUAUAGCAUAUUUAUCUCUCUAUAUAGAUAGAUAGAUCUCUAUAGAUAGAUAGAUCUCCAUAGUAUGCUUUAAUUUUUCUUUUGUUAGAGGAGAUCUUGGAUAAGUGAUUAUCUGUAAAUCCAUGAAACAGCAUGGUAUUUGGCAAGCUCCACAGGCAGGCUGACUUGUGUAAGUUAUUGUUUUCAUGUUUUUACAUAUAUUUUCAAUCGCAUAUGAUUAUGCAGUUUCAUAUUUUUAUCUAGCAAUUUGGAAAUCUCAAACUAACCUAUGAUCAAAUUCCAUUUAGGUAUAGAUACAUGCUUUAGUUUUAAGGCAUUUUAACUGUUCUAGAAAUUACCAGUUAACAAAAAGCCAAGUACUUUAAAGUGAGUUUAGGAAUAGUUUGAAAACAAAAUUAAAAGCCUGGUAAUUUAUGUGUUUUUUGGACAUCUGUAUGAGUAAAUUCUAAUGUUUGCCAAGUGAUGUAAGAGUCCCUAGCAAAUGUGUGGUAGACAUUCAUAUAACCUUUAUUUUUACCAUUAAGUCUUAGCUAAACAGUGUAAUAAAAUGAAAGGGGAAUAAUAAAUAUUUCAAAUUCUCACAACUUAUUUAGUCAUUUCGAUUUCGAUUGUAUGAACUCAAAAAAAAAAAGCAUUUUUUUCACAGGAGGCCUCAAGCUUUUCAUCACUAAUUUGUAUUAAAGUGAGUGAGGCCAACCUUCAUUCCCAUCAAAUACUGUUCCAAGAAAAGGCAGAGGUAAUAAUUGGAAGUAAAAUUUCCUUAAAGAAAGGAAUUUAACUCUACCUUGUCUGAUUAAAUUAUUCCAAUGGUGUAUGGGGCAACAUUUAUCAUCUCUAAUCCACUGGCCAUUGGCACAUAAACAUGAGUCAAGGGAAGUUAAGAAAGAGAAUAUAUAUUUUGCUAUGUAUAAAUUUGUGUAUCGCUGCACAGCUUUGGCCUAUUGUUAAAUUCAUGCACUGUAGACAUUUUCUAAUUUGUUAGAGAUUAUGAACUGUAGAUGGCAUUAAAAUCACUACAGUUAAUAAAUGGAUAGUUUCUUUGAUUUUAUUAUCAAAGCUGACACAGUUGUCUAAGAAGAUGUAUUUAAAUGCAUUUCAUUGUUUAUAGUAGAAGUUUAAUGGAUAAAACUUAAAAGCCAAUAAAUUUAACGUCAAAUGCUACCAUUAUUUUCAAUGUAAAGGAAGACCAAAACAUGUACCAAGGUAAUCCUUAGUUCUAGGGUUUCCUCCCUUUAUUCUGCAUACUAAGGUUGCAAUGAUUGUUGAUCUGGAGGAGCUCCCUGGAAUUGAGUUCUGAGGGGCUCAAUAGCUGAAUAUGCGUUUCAGAUACACAAAUUCUAAAGCACGAAUGUUUAUUUCAAAGCAGAUAUUAGCACAAAACUAUAACAGAGUCCUGAUGGUAGAAUGUUUCUAGUCAUGAUGAAUUAUUUUAAUGAGAUUACCUUAUUUUUGUAUAUGAUAAACUAUUUCCAUGUUACUAUGGUAAAAUAAAAUUGGGAAUUAUUAAAACUGACUUAUAAGAGUGUUAAGGACUUAAUAGAGUGACAUAUACAAAUUAACCAUAGAUCAUUAACAAUAAAUCUCCAGGAAAAUACUGUUAAUAUUACAUUUAUUCAAAUUAAAUGUCCUUAAAUUUUACCAUUUGUCUUUCAUUUUAAAGGUUAUUUGCUCCUGAUUAUAUGCAAGUGUUAUGAAGUCUAACUUGAACUACUUUGCAGUAAUUUAUUUGACAGAUGUCUGUUGUAUAAAUGCAUAAUGUAAUGAGGAAACAGAUCUCUCUAUUUCAAUGAAAACACUAAUAUGUUAAUACCCUGUAUGGAUAAUGUUUGACAUUUAGUAGUUCCCAAAAUAUAUUAGUAUGUUUUUGAAAUGCCUAAAAAUGCACAUUCUGGAUUCUGUGAGAUGAUGGUGUAAUUCAGUACAGAAUUUUUCUUUGUCAAUGAUUUUGAUGCCAGAUUUUAAAUAGGGACUUAAGUGAGGCUUGCACAAUCCAAAGACUUUUAUUUAAAAAUCACACAGUCUAAGAGGCCACACUUAUAUUUUUAUACUUUUCAAUGCUUUUAAUUAUCUUUUAAGUAAUCCUUUGUAUUGACUCAGCAUAUAACAACCAAUUUAGAUGGAAAUAAACUGAAGUAUGAUAACUACUA